CAGCAGCGGGCAAACCACUCGAUGCGGCGCUGUUUCAUGCUGACUACACCACUACAUCCGGGUCACCGGGUGACCUUGGUUGAUCAUCAUGGCGGCCAUCGUCAGGUUGAGUUCUAUGUGUCGUGGAGGAUUCAAACCUCUGCUCUACCACAGCAGCCUGCUGUCCAGGCCGGCCGUCCUCGUCCACAAAUACCAGGAUCCGCCGCAGCUGCUGACGGCCAGGAUUCACUCAUCACAGCCUCUGUACGCGGGCAGCGACUCCAAGGCCGCGUCCCUCCACUGGACGGCUGAGCGGGCUCUGAGCGUGCUGCUGCUGGCUCUGGGCCCGGCUGCGUACUUCAGUCCCAGUCCCAUAGUCGACUACUCCCUGGCCGCCACGCUGACCCUGCACGGACACUGGGGUCUGGGCCAGGUCCUCACAGACUACGUCCACGGAGACACGAAGGUGAAGCUGGCCAACGCGGGUCUGUUCCUGCUGUCCACCGUGACCUUCGCCGGCCUCUGCUACUUCAACUACAACGACGUGGGCAUCUGCAAGGCCGUCGCUCUGCUCUGGAGCAAAUGAGCCGCGGGGACUCGGAGCUGCAGCGCCAGACACCAGAUUGUACAAAAUGUCAAGGUGUUCUCUGUAAAUUGCUAUAAAUAUCUAAUUUUGAGGAUAUUCCAUCGAUGUAUACGUAACGUUUAGUUGUUAUGAAAGCCCAUCAGAGUGGAGCAGCAGACGCCGCUUCCUCCUCCUCCGCUCGCGUGAGAGUUCCGUUUCUGUUCAGACACAAGAAAUGUUUCUUUUUUUAACCACAAAACCGCCGUGACUCCGAGCAUGUCUUUACGCAACAUCUCAAUGUUUGUCAGAAGUGUUUCCCGGCGUCCGCUCUGACACCUCGGAGGGUCCCGGGCGGUUGCCACGGCAGCAGCGCGCCGCUGCAGGCUCCAGCCGCGGCUCCUUCAGGGGUCAGGGGUCACCGGGCGCUGGAACGCUGUAUUUAUGGCUGAAUAUCUCCAACACUGUAAAUCCAAUGAAGACAAUAAAAUAUCAAAAACAUA